AUGGCCGAGGUCGACCAGCCUUCCAAGCGUCGGCGUCGCAGCCGCAAGGUCCUGGCCGAUCGCAAAUUUGAAUGCACCCACGAGGGCUGCGGCAAGAGCUAUUCGCGCGCUGAGCACCUGUACCGCCAUCAGCUGAAUCAUGCUCCCAAGCAAAUCUAUCGCUGCGAUUUCCCCAACUGUUAUCGAUCCUUUGUGCGACAGGAUCUCUGCAUCCGCCAUCGCGAACGCCACACCACGCGUGGCUCCCAGCUUCAGAAACGCGACCACUUCACAAGCGAAAACCCCGAGGAUGACGACCUCAAACCUGCCCCGGCCUCAUCGCCGACUCCUCCAUCCAUGACCGCGCCUGAUUAUGCCUUUGAGCCCAAACCUCCGCCUAGCUCUGCUUACCCGCUGUCGACAGGGAUCGAUGUGGGUGCGGUGCAAAUGCCUGAAUACCCAGACUUCCCGGGGGCUCUGGAUCAAUCCGACAGUCUACUCGAUCUCGAAUCAAUGUCGGGCGCCUACCCGAUCUUCGGCGGCGAAACCUACAACCGGUCGCCGUUUGCCAUGGCUGACGAUUUCGCGGCCUGGCUCUUCAGCGAGCCGCUCGCCCCGCUGGGGUAUGGCAUGAUGCCGUUUGUCCAAAAUCAGUUUUAUAUGAAUGAGCCCACCUACAAUAAUUUCUGUUCGGUCAUCCCGCAGCACCCGAUGAGCGUCACCAGUAUUUUGGACUCAGGGUCGGCGCCCGCCAUCAUCUCCGAUGAUAAGCGACAGGAACUGCUACAAUUGAUGGCGGCGCGGUUCAACGAGGCGGCAUACACGGCGGGCGCUAAACGAAAAGAUGCGCUGAUGGAUGGUGAUUUGAAUAAUGAUCGCCACGUUCUGAGUCUGCGCAUGAUGCAGACGUAUAUCGGGUCCUACUGGUAUCAUUUUCAUGCCCAACUACCAAUCUUGCAUCAACCGACUUUUGCCGCCGACCGCACCCCGAAUCUACUGUUGCUGGCAAUGAUGGCCAUUGGGGCCGCGACGCUAGACAAGAUCCACGGGCAGGCCGUCACGGAGACCGCCGCGGAACUGGCCAGUUUUAUUGCAUGGCAUCUUCGUUGGGAGAUCUUCAUGGAUGCAGAUUUCCGGCCCCCAGCCCGGGUCUGGGUGUUCCAGGCCCUGCUACUGCUGGAAGUAUAUGAGAAGCUCUUUUCUACCCGGGCACUGCAUGAGCGCGCACAUAUCCACCACGACACGACGUUGACGCUCAUGCGUCGUGGUAGCUCACUGAUUGGCCGGUCAUCGUUUGAGUCGCCCGAUACUAAAGAAGAGGACGAGUCGUGGUCGCACUGGAUCAAGGCCGAAGCUACUCGGCGUGUGGCAUUUGCGGCAUUUGUACUCGACUCCACACAUGCCACCAUGUUCGGGCACUCGGCCAAGAUGGUGGCACACGAGCUACGGCUGCCGUUGCCGUGUGAUGAAGCAUUGUGGGCUGCGACAAGUGCGGCCGAGGUCGCCCGAGUCCAGUCAAGCUUGCAGUCGCACGGGGUCCGGCCGGUGAUGUUUCUGGACGGACUCAAACGGACUCUCAAUGGGCAGCCUGUGCGGACCAAUGCGUUUGGCCGAAUCAUUCUCAUGGCGGGUCUGUUAAGUGUCAGCUGGCACCUGAACCAACGAGACCUGCAGAUCAGCUCGUUGGGGGUUGGACAGGCCCUUGGUGGGCGCAACAAGUGGCGGACAGCCCUGCUCCAGGCAUUUGACCAUUGGCGCCGCGACUUCAACGAGGCGUUGGGCCCAUCGGCCUCGACGGAAUUGCGGGACGUGUUACAUGGGCUGGCACACAUGGCCUCGCAUGUGGAGAUUGUUGAUCUUCAGAUAUUUGCAGGUGCUGGCCGACUGAUGGGCCGGUCGAUCACGGCUCGCGACUAUAGCACGGCCCGCGAGAAGACAGUCCGAUGGGCGGCCAAGGCGUCGGCGCGGGAUGCUGCGUUCUACGCGCUGAAGUUCUUGUCGGCGUGCUUUGCCGACCCGGCGUUCCCGUCGGGCCAGUAUGCGGCGCGCGACGACUACUUGCUGAAUCGGCCGUGGGUGAUGUAUUUUGCGGCGUUGGUGGUCUGGUGCUAUGGGUUUGCGCUAGAUGGGCCGCUUCGCCCGGCACCCGCUCUGCCGACAAUAGCAGACCGGGAGCACGACCUCCAGAUGUUUCUGAGAAGAGUCGGCGCGGCGCAUGGGCCCAAUGAUCUCGAGUCGAUGAAAGGGCGAAACGAGUGUCUGGGGCUGUUGAUGAUUCUCCGAGACUCGUUUGUCAACUCGCGGUGGGAGCUGCUGGGCGAAGCGGCGCGGCUGCUGGACAGCUGCAUUGCAAAGCUGCGCGAUGUACAUUUAGGAUGA